AUGGAAAUGAGAGACACCUCUCUCUCCCACCACGGAUCUCUCUCUUUUAUCCCCUCGCGACGCAAUUCCGUUAGACGAAACCUCGGCGGCUGCGAUUGCGUUGUUCUGCCCUCGCGGCGUAAGGUCCGUUACGAUUCGUUGGUGGUGGUUACGGUUUCAGGAGCGGUACCAAGCCUAGAUGCGCCUUUGGUUCCACGCUCAGCUCAGGGGAGGUUUCUAAGCAGCGUGUUAGCAAAAAAGCGGCAGCUCUUUCAUUUCGCCGUCGCUGAUUUGCUUAAACAGCUCGUUGAUGAUAAGGAAGCUGCCUUAUCUCGUAUGUUCCUUAGUUCUGGUUCCGAUGAAGCUUCUCUCCACCGAAGGAUAGCUCAACUUAAGGAGAUUGAUUGCCAAACUGCGACUGAAGAGAUAAUGUAUAUGUUAAUCUUAUACAAAUUCUCAGAGAUAAGAGUACCUCUUGUUCCAAAGCUUCCCAGUUGCGUCUACAAUGGAAGGCUUGAGAUCUCGCCUUCAAAAAACUGGGAACUUGAGUCAAUCCAUAGCUUUGAUAAGAAUCAUCUCAGUAAAGUAUACACAGCUUCCGUCUUUUAUGGAUACUUCCUGAAAUCUGCUUACCUAAGGCUUAACACCAUGAAAAUUUCACCAAUCAACUACGACAUUACAUUUCUGAAUUUGAUCCCAAGAUAUUGCAGAGAUGCGCAAAGCCAAGGUCACACGAAGCGAAAAUCCCGAUAGAGAAGCAGUGCUUAGCUCUUUU